AUUGACAACAAUAUUAUUCCAUUGCAAUAUUUGUGAACGGUCGUAAUUCUCAAUCAUUCUAAUUAAAUAAGUCAGUAUUUUGUGAAAAUUUUCAAAUUCAAAUAGAAGAAACACCAAAAAAUUAUUAUAUUUUCAUUCGAUUUGUCAAUUGAAACGUGAACAAAAUGGUUAGCAUAUUGAAUACAAUUGAUACCGGCCAUGAAGAUAUGAUCCACUGUGCCGAAGUUGACUAUUAUGGUUUACGAUUGGCAACAUGUUCAUCCGAUAAUUCGGUUAAAAUUUUCGACAUCAAAAAUGGUGCACAAUCAUUGGCAGCCGAUUUAAAAGGUCACGGCGGACCAGUUUGGCAAUGUUGUUGGGCACAUCCACGCUUUGGUAAUAUUCUGGCAACAUGUUCGUACGAUCGAAAAGUUAUCAUUUGGCGUGAGCAAAACGAUUGGAUCAAAUGGUACGAGUACAGUAAUCACGAGUCAUCGGUUAAUUCGGUUGCAUUUGCACCACCCGAAUUCGGUUUGAUUUUGGCAUGUGGCAGUUCGGACGGUUCAAUUUCAAUUUUAACAUGUAAUACGGAAUCGGGCCAAUGGGACUAUAAGAAAAUAUCAAAUGCACACACAAUUGGCUGUAAUGCGGUCAAUUUUUGUCCAUCAACUGUGCCAGAGCCAGCAUUUGAUCAACGCGGUGUCGGUACAAAAGGUUCCUAUGGUGUUAAGCGUCUGGUUUCCGGUGGCUGCGAUAAUUUGGUAAAAAUUUGGAAAGAGGACGGUGAUCGUUGGGUUGAAGAAAAUCGCUUGGAAGCACACAGCGAUUGGGUACGUGAUGUUGCAUGGGCACCAAGCGUUGGUUUGCCCAAAACACAGCUUGCAAGCUGCUCACAAGAUCGACGUGUCAUCAUUUGGUCUAGUGAUGACUUGGUCAAUUGGAGUUCAACUGUUUUACAUACAUUCGACGAUGUAUUAUGGAACGUCAGCUGGUCAUUGACUGGUAAUAUUUUGGCCGUAUCUGGUGGUGACAAUAAAGUUUCAUUGUGGCGUGAGAACAACGAAGGCCAAUGGAGCAUGAUCAGCGAAGAUGCAAGUGCACCAACGUCUACCAAUGCCCUAUCCGAACAACGCACUCUUUAAUUUAAAAAAAAAAA